AUGACUGAUGAAAAUCCACCACUCAUCAUUGAUAAUGGUUCCUCUCAAAUGAAAGCUGGUUUUUCUGGUGAUUAUGCUCCACGAGCAGUCUUUCCCACAGUAACUUCACAUCGAAAAGUAGCACCCUUCCUCCUUUCAAUGGGCUCUAUCGAAACUUACGUUGGAGAUUAUGCAUUGUGUAGGAGGGGUAUUAAUGUUUACAAAUAUCCAAUUGAUCGUGGAUUAAUUUCAGAUUGGUAUCAUAUGGAAAAGAUAUGGCAUCAUACAUUUUACAAUGAGUUAAGAGUUGCUCCUGAGGAGCAUGAAGUAUUACUGAUGGAAAUGCCACUAAAUUCAAAGGAUGUGAAAGUGAAAAUGACACAAAUCAUGUUUGAAAGUUUUAAGGUGAGAGGUUUGUGUUUGGCAAAUCAAUGUGCCAUGUCAAUAUUUGCAAAUGGUAGAAUGACAGGUGUAGUAUUGGAAUCAGGUGAUGGCGUCACUAAUUCAGUACCUGUUUAUGAAGGAUAUGCCCUGUCACAUGCCACCAAAAGAUUGGAAUUAGGAGGCAAAGACCUGACAGAUUAUUUGAAGAAAAUGUUAAUGGAACGAGGAUAUAAUUUCAGCACGAUGGGUGAAACUGAACUAGUCAGGGAUAUGAAGGAAAAAACUGGUUAUGUUGCCAGUAAUUUUUUGGCAGAAACAGCGAAAGAAAGUUUAUAUGAAUUGCCUAGACCGAGGGAGGUGAGCUAA